AUGUCCCGCAACAGUGAACCGGAGGAGCAGCCCCCGGAGGAGCAGCCCCCGGAGGAGCAGCCCCCGGAGGAGCAGCCCCCGGAGGAGCAGCCCCCGGAGGAGCAGCCCCCGGAGGAGCAGCCCCCGGAGGAGCAGCCCCCGGAGGAGCAGCCCCCGGAGGAGCAGCCCCCGGAGGAGCAGCCCCCGGAGGAGCAGCCCCCGGAGGAGCAGCCCCCGGAGGAGCAGCCCCCGGAGGAGCAGCCCCCGGAGGAGCAGCCCCCGGAGGAGCCCCCAUCUGCACAGAGCCAGUUGCACAGCAAUUCAUCAGACAACGCUGAUGAAAUAAUUGUUAACAAACGACGGGAAGAAAUAAGGACCUCUGUAACUAAAGCAGGUGAAGAAAUUCAAGGAGACAAAAAGCUAACUAAGAAGAGUUGUAUCAAUGAGACAUGUGAACAAGCUGUGAAGGCCAGGAAGAGAGCAAGGGCGGGUACACACUCCGGUGACGAGCCGGAGGGUACACACUCCGGUGACGAGCCGGAGGGUACACACUCCGGUGACGAGCCGGAGGGUACACACUCCGGUGACGAGCCGGAGGGUACACACUCCGGUGACGAGCCGGAGGGUACACACUCCGGUGACGAGCCGGAGGGUACACACUCCGGUGACGAGCCGGAGGGUACACACUCCGGUGACGAGCCGGAGGGUACACACUCCGGUGACGAGCCGGAGGGUACACACUCCGGUGACGAGCCGGAGGGUACACACUCCGGUGACGAGCCGGAGGGUACACACUCCGGUGACGAGCCGGAGGGUACACACUCCGGUGACGAGCCGGAGGGUACACACUCCGGUGACGAGCCGGAGGGUACACACUCCGGUGACGAGCCGGAGGGUACACACUCCGGUGACGAGCCGGAGGGUACACACUCCGGUGACGAGCCGGAGGGUACACACUCCGGUGACGAGCCGGAGGGUACACACUCCGGUGACGAGCCGGAGGGUACACACUCCGGUGACGAGCCGGAGGGUACACACUCCGGUGACGAGCCGGAGGGUACACACUCCGGUGACGAGCCGGAGGGUACACACUCCGGUGACGAGCCGGAGGGUACACACUCCGGUGACGAGCCGGAGGGUACACACUCCGGUGACGAGCCGGAGGGUACACACUCCGGUGACGAGCCGGAGGGUACACACUCCGGUGACGAGCCGGAGGGUACACACUCCGGUGACGAGCCGGAGGGUACACACUCCGGUGACGAGCCGGAGGGUACACACUCCGGUGACGAGCCGGAGGGUACACACUCCGGUGACGAGCCGGAGGGUACACACUCCGGUGACGAGCCGGAGGGUACACACUCCGGUGACGAGCCGGAGGGUACACACUCCGGUGACGAGCCGGAGGGUACACACUCCGGUGACGAGCCGGAGGGUACACACUCCGGUGACGAGCCGGAGGGUACACACUCCGGUGACGAGCCGGAGGGUACACACUCCGGUGACGAGCCGGAGGGUACACACUCCGGUGACGAGCCGGAGGGUACACACUCCGGUGACGAGCCGGAGGGUACACACUCCGGUGACGAGCCGGAGGGUACACACUCCGGUGACGAGCCGGAGGGUGAAGAUGAUGAACCAGUAGUUGGCUUUUACAACAGGGAUGGGAAGUGGCAUUACCAAGAGGAACCUUAA